GUUGAAGCUCAAAUAUGGCGGCCGAGGAGGAGUGGUAUUUUGAGGAAGAAGGGUACCUCCAGUUCAGUGGCCGACCAACUUCAGUGACAUUUUCGCCCACAUCAAACUGCUUCAUCUGUACGCUCAACGAUGGAACAGUUGAAGUCGUGGAUGCGCGUUCUAGUCUACGUUUGAAGCGGACAGAGCCGGCAGUAACAGGAGAGUCCAAGUCCCUUCAAUGUAAGUUUUGUCCUGAGGUAGAGAAGCUGUUUAUCACAAAUGGAUAUGUGUCUGGGCUAAGAAAGGAUUUUAAUGGCGUCUUGCUGCUGGACAGCAUUUUACAGCCUCCUCUCAGAGGUCCUUGCAUGGAACCGGUCGUGUUAGAAUUGACUCUCUCAGAUGCUCUGCAAUUACUGUCAGCUAUGGAAUUGUGUAUUUCUUCUGGAGAGGAUGAUUUGAAGAUGAAGAGUAUUAAGGCUGUGCAUUCUUUGCUGAAAGAAGAAGUAGACAAAGCUCAGUCACUGUUGAGCUCCAGUCAUGAUAAGGCAAUUAAGUGGUGUACUUCCCAGUUGAAGUAUGCUUGUAGUGCGCUGGACACAGUCUUUGCUGAUUUGAUCACUUAUCUUCAGAGAGGCCAUAAAAAUCAUGCUGCCCUCCCAAUUGUGGCAGCCAUGCAAUCAAGAACAAUGUACCUACUUGAAGUAGUCACAACAGAUAAUAAACCAAGCUCACCAGGGAAUAAAUUUCCUAUGUUUAUGGAGGCAGUGAGACGAAAGACAUUUUCAUCAUGGCCUCAUAAAGAGUACAGGUGGGCAUAUCCAGAAGCUAUGGCAAAAGCUGGUUUCUACCACCAGCCUAGUAACCGUGGUGAUGACAGAGCUCUUUGUUUUACAUGCAAUGUGUGUCUGGUGUGUUGGGAGCCAACAGAUGAACCCUGGUCAGAGCAUGAACGGCAUUGUCCAGAGUGUUCAUUUGUGAGGGGAGAUCAUACCAAGAAUGUUCCUAUGUCUGUUUCAUUGGCCACUGCUCCUGCCUGUACUCAUGAAUCAGCUCAAAUUCAAUUCAUCAGUGAAAGUUCAUGUUCACACUUCAUUGCAACAUGCAGUGAAAAUGGGCGUGUCAUCAUCUGGGACAUUCAAGGUGAACUUAAGAUCCAUACUGAGUUUCAGAUAAGUCUGCCUGAUGAUGAUGUUGAAGAAACUCCAGAAGACGAUUUGCCAUCAGAGCAUUUUUGCCCUCCUACAAGCUUUGUGGCUUGGGCUGAGCCUGACAAUGAAGACAUGGAAGGUACCAAUAAUGAAGACAUGGAAGGUACCAAUAAUGAAGACAUGGAAGGUACCAGUAACGAGCCAGAGAAAGAUUCAAGAACUGCAAGUGAUCCAUCAGACAGUGGAGUAGCUGAACUCCCAGAAGAGGAGGAAUCAUCCCAUGAGAUUCCAAAUGAUGACUGCAACAAUGGACAAGAUGAAAAGAAGAGUGCUAACUGUCAAUCUGGAACUAUAGAGGAAGAAACUAAAAAAGAAAAGUUAGUUGUCAGCACUGUGUCUAUCAUUUGUUCCUGUGGAAAAGAUCCCACAAAUGCUACUAGCCAGAGCUGUCAAUCAUUUACGCACACAGCUACAUUACUUGUUGCAGUUCUUAUGCAAAAGAAUUUAACUGGUGAUCUUACCAAAUCAGAGGACAAGGUUAAUGUUGGUUUUGAUGCCAUUCAGCUAUGUCCGCAUAUUUUGGUUUAUGAUAUCUUAACAGACUCAGGAAACAAAUUGGAGGAAUCAACUGCAAAGCCUGCUUUCAAUGUGGACAGUUGUAUUGAUUUAGACAAGGAUAUGCUAAUGCAAGAUCCUUAUGGACUGUCUGGUAGUGAUGAUGAUUUUGUUUACGACGAGCUGCCCCUUACCCAGCCACCUCCACCUGUUCUUCCUCCAGAUACACUUCAUUCAUCUGUUUUGCAGAAGUUUGCUGAGGCUAUAACUGGUGAUUUGAGUUCAGAUCCAGGAAAGACUAAGAAAUCAAAAGAAGAAAGAAAUAUAUGUGCAAAACUUGUUCAGAGUGUUGACAUGUCAAAAGUUUGUGCUAAUUGUUGUUGUAAAGUGUCUGGUAUAGUCCCAUUUGGGGACAGUGAACAUCUUUUGGUCAGUUUUGUGUCAUGCUCUUCUUGUGGAAGCAUAGAUGAUCUUAGUGAAAAAAGGACAAACUUUUUGGCUGGAACAGAAGAAAACUGCUCGGAAGGGAACCCUCCUAAAACUCUUCACAAUGAGCACAAUUUUAAUCAGAGCACACUUGCAGUGUAUGAUAUACUUAUCAGUAAUAGUAAAAGAACGUUGUCACCUCAGCCUAUAAGAACAAAACAAUUCUUGGCUACAGAAGGUCUGUUUAGUACUAUAGUGGCUCUUCCAAUAGAGAGCCAUGACCUCAUAGGGGACUUGAAUUUGUGCUUUCAAGAUGCUGAAGCAGAAAUGUCUCCAGAGAGACCUCUUUUGGUUGGUGCUGUUAAGAGCAGUGUUAUUCUCAUUGAUGCAAACUCUCUAAAUGUACUCACCAAGUUUUCAAUAUCAGAUGGAAACUCAAACAUAUCUCAUGUCUUGAAUUGUCCUGGGAUGGAUUGCCUUUGUGCAUGUGACCAGGAUGGAGCAAUGCAUUUCCUUGGUUUGCGUCACCAUCAAGCUGAGGAUACAAGUCUAGGGAGUCUUGGGCAGGACAGGACAGACAGUGUUUCUCAGGUUCCCCAAACAGGGUCUUGGUCACAGACAGCUGUCGCCCUUAAUCCAGAUGAACCAGUGUCUAUGGCAACCCUACUUUCAUUGGUUCAACUGACAGAGUUUGUGACGCUGAUGCCACGGUUUAUGGCAUCUGUGCCGUCGUCAUGGGUAGAAGUUCAACAGGACCAGCACCGGCUUCACCAGCACACCUUGGUAGAUCCUGUAUUACAUACCAGGACGUGGAAACUGCGUGCAGACAAUAGCAGCUUUUUGACCAAAGAACAAGUUGCAGAAAUUGUUCUUCCAAGAUAUUGCCAAGUGGGUCAUGUAGACAUCAGAUUUUCUUUGAGCCCAAUGACCACCCAACCAGCAACCAACGUUUACCUUGUAAAACCUCCAUAUCCCAGCUCCUUUAAACUCACUCACAAGAGUUAUCCACUGCCAUUACCAGAGCAUCAGAAGAAGGGAAUUCUGGCGUUGGCUCAAGAGCAAAACACUAUAGUGUGUGGUCCUGUGAGUCUGAAAAUGGGACUUGAUAGUACUGGACGCCAUGGUCGUGUGACCCUGACAAGCCCAGAGCUGAUCAAAUACAGCAGCAGGAUUCUGUUGCUUGUGUUUGACAACUGUGGUCCUGGUGAAGAUUUAGCUGAGGUUUCGGUAACAGUGACAAGGUUUAAGAACAACUUCCCAGCAGAAUGUCACAAGUUGAGGAGUAGUUUGCUGGAAGACAGCAGCCAAAGACUGCUUGAUGUUGUUGUUGGAUGUGAGUCUGUCCAGGGAGCAGUUAAAGCUGAUGAUGGAAAAAAGUUGGCUCUUGAGCUUCUCUGUUGGAUUGCUGGUGUCUAUGUCAACUGGAAGACUGGGGAGAGCAGCUUAGUGUGGGACGUGGAAAACUAUCUGCCCAAGUUGAUUCGAACAUGUUACCUGUGCUGUGGACGCAGCAUUGCUCACAAGUGUAGCAGACUGUUGAUGAUGUGCGCCAGGAGAGCUGUCAGCCAAAGGACCUGCACUGAUUCCACGUCAUCCUUCCGAAGAUCUCUACUAAAUGCGAUCCUGGAUGUUUUACAAAUAACUCCAUGUGCUGUAUCGUCUGGUGCAGUACACUGGCUGUUUAAAUUACUUGCUGGAUAUGCCGCCCAGGCUGAUUCUACCCUCACUAGUUUCGUUUGGUUGGAGUUGUUAGAGUUUUUAUCUUCAAAGCUGGCUUCUACAAGACUACGAGAGCAUCUUUUACUUCGCGCGAGGUAUGGUCUUUAUGGCUCCCCACUGGAUCCUGUCCUGUUUGAUGCUUUGCCGCAAACUUCCACCAGCCAGCAAAGUUCAUCUGUUGUAAAUGUUCUCAAUGGAGUGCCGCUGACCGUUAAGGCAUCAUCUUCGUCUGGAGGAUCAGAAUCCAAUUCAUGGAGCAGUGUGAAUUCACCACUAGCUUGCCAAGGCCUCCUGGAAGUCCAACCCCUUCAUUUUGUUUGCUGUUCCACUAGUGAUGGAGCCCGAGUGGAGAGGGGUGAUAAUCACCUACUAUCUGGUGGUAGUCUGGGGCCUUCAGGUGCAUCGGUACAUGUUCCUAUGAUGUCUAGUGGGAUGCCGACUGGGUCAGCUUUGGCGCCAACACUGCCAACUGUAUCGGCAUCUCUCGCUGCGUUAGAACAAGAGCUCCACAUGCUUAAGCAACACCAGCUACAGCUAGUAAGUCUACAACAACACAAACAGCAGUUAGAAAAACACAAGAAGGAACUUGAAGAUAUGUCCAUGUGGCCUUUGUUUCCCAAGUCUCUAUACAAACCUGGCAAUGUAUGGUCACCUCCAACAACUGCUCCAGCAUUUCCACCAACCACCGCUCCCUUGACGUCCACCAAUGCUCCUAUUAACCUGGCGCAGCACAAAAAACAAGCAUCCUCUGCAAAGAAGAUGGAGAGGGCAACUGGUGGCCCUGUGUCCCAGCCAAUCCAGCAACACCUAAUGCAGCUCCCGCAGCCACAGAUGCUGGUGAUCGACCGUCUCCACGCUGGAGCCCGUCAUCAUGUUGUUUUAGACUUUGGCUGUGUUGUCCAGUUGACAGAUGUGUUGAUUCCUCAGUGCUCAGACAUCAUGUCGCUGUCCAUUGAUGUAUGGACUCAAUGGGAUGAUCCCGAUGUACAGAGGAUAGCUGUGGUGUCAGACAUCAACCUUUGUGCUUGCGUUCUCAAAGAUCUUUUGCCGCCCGCGGUGUGCCGUUAUGUUAAGCUAACUGUAGUUGGAAGGCCCAAAACAAAUGCAAAAGCACGUGUGAAGGUUGGAGAAUUCUAUGGUAAUCCACUUUGUGGUCAGACAAGCGUCGGUGGAGAAAGUCAGCCUCUUGCUACAGGCCGCCAAGACCAGCAGUGUUUACCAAUACUACUCAACCUCCUGGAAGACAUCCACUGUCACUACAACUUGGCGUGUACACAACUCAAGACCCUGCUGCAGUCAUCUGAACCCCGAACACCGAGGCCAGACGGAUCUGGAACCCGUGCAUUUCUCACUGAAGAAGACAAGAAAGUACAGAAAGCUUACAACCAGUGCGUUAACCUGCAGCACCAACUGAACCUGGUAGAAAAGUCAAUAACUAGACUGACGUCCAACUCGGAAAGGAAUGGAACAAUUCCUUCGCUCGAUGCAGCCAAAUAUGAUCACUUGCAGGUCAUUUGCAACUGUUUAAUAGACACAGUGGUGGCAUUAAUGGGCAUUGGCCCUUCAUUAGAGGGUUACCUUGCUAAACCUAAACUGACCCUUGAGUGGCAGCCGUCCUUAAGCCAAGUGACUCCUACCAUGUGUGAAAACCUGUUUCGUAACCUCUGUGUUCAUGGUUCUCCUCGAAAGCGUGAAAGGGUCGGCGCUCUACUCUUGAAUGCAUGUGGUAGUAAGCCGUGGUGGGGCGAAUUUUUGUCCAAUGUUCUGAAAGAGUUCUUUAGUUCCACCCAGAAGUGUACGUUUCCCCAAGAAAGAUUGUUUGCAGUACUUGUGCGCUUGAGCCAACAGUCACCUUCAGUUGAACUGGUGCUCACAAGUUUUCUGAGCCUGUUAGAUGGACUGCUCCUCGUCAAGGACCUCAAAGUCGACCUGGAGUCAGCAGACCUGAUGUUAAUCAGUUGGUUGUUACUCCUCUUACAACAUGUUCUGGACACACGUAUAAUCCAAUCUGAAUCAUCUACAUCUGCGAACGAAAAUGGGGAAAGUUCCAAAGGAUUAAAUGGUAAAAACAGCGGUACCUCCUCUCUGAUUACUGGCAAGAGCAAGUCAUCCAAGUCCACAAAGAGUAACAAAUCGUACAAGCGAAGCAGAUGGGACUUCAUGCUCCCAACUUUACCAACUCUACCGUCAAGUACAGGCAGUGAAAGCAGUAGCUACUGGCACAGACACCUCAAGAUGAGCAAGGGCACUUUGGUAAAGAAACCUCAGAUGGAUUACCCACAAGGGUUUACGAAAGGAAAUGGCAAGCAACCAUAUAAGCACAUGAAGGACUUGUCCAAACUCCGUCGGCAUGUUGAUGAAGGAAAACCUCAACCAGAAAAGACAACUUCCCAGCCAACAACAUUUCUCACAAGCACCCCUCUGCCAGCGGCCACAACACUUCCAGUCAUGCGCAAGAUGGUCAGCUUCGUUCUGAGUAUGGAUUCCUCUUGUAGUGUAGAACUGUUCUUGGUGGCAUGCAAGGUUGUAGCUCACCUGGCGUGUGUAAGUGACCCACCCGUCAACCUUGUGGAUGUCAUCACCGACAAUCAACUGGAGAAGCUGCUCAGGAUGUGUGUGGUGCCAAAUGGGAUACAUUCAACUCACUGGGGAGGCCCAUGGGCAUCUCAUGCGCUUACUACUCUGUUACAGGAUCUGCUUGGUGGACAGGGAAGUAAAGUGAGUGAUUCUUCAAGACAUGUAACCUCUCAGACUCCUGCAGUUCAAGAAAAUGACACAGAAAGUUCGCUCUUGUCAAAGGUGGCUGAUUAUGAAAAGAAAGGCUCCCUACUGACCAUGGAUUACGGCGACAUAUGUCCGAGUUAUGACCUGCCUAUUGAGCUAUCAGGCUGGGUGGGAGAUUUUGGUGAGAUUGGCAAUGGAAGCGAAAUGCCCCAACCAACACCAGUCCAUGAGAAACCAAUGGUACAAUCUUCAUGGGAGGCCAAAGUUACUCCACCUCCCCCUGUCAAACUGUCAUCUGCCAUUGACAUGAGACUUGAGCUUUGUCUCGAGAUGGAAGCAGAGCAAGAUCUUAAAAUGCUGGAGCACCUUCAAGUAGAUGCGAUAGCAAAAGCACUGAGUACCGCAGGAUCUUCGUUAAGAGGAACCACUGAACAAUCACGAAGGAGUAUGCCCAAAAAUGGCAACAGUGCUCUGGUAGUAAGAACUCUAGAAACAUCAUUUAGUAAAAUAUUCAAUGACUGCACCAGUGCGGAUGUGGAUGUUCCUUCUCUUCUGCAAUUGUGGCUGAAGAUUCGAUUGUGUGCUUCCAGUAUAACUCUGGAUGCAGAAUCUUUGAGCAAGCUUUUGUCGCACUCGAUGCACCUUCAAGGAUCGUUUCCUCAAACGCUGCAGCUUUGCCUGCAAGUCCUUACAUGUGUUUCUGACGGGCAAUUACGGAACUGUCCUAAUCCUGAACUAAUCGCUUUUCUAAGUAACGAAGAGCUUCUGCAAUUUUUAGUUAGAUUACUAUCUCAGAUGCCGUCAUUUGGAGCGAACCCUCUUCCACCUAGUUCCAAGCCAGUGAAGGCGUUUCUGACUUCGUUGCAGUUGGCUGUCAAUAGUCACAACAGCGCGGAGCUUUCUCAGGUUUUCCAGGAACUGUUGCUUAAGACAACGCUUGAGCUUUGUACAGAAAGGCUUUCCAAUAGAGGAGUAGUCCUUCAAGUAGAUCCAGUCAUUGAUAUCUCACUGUCAAACCCAAACAACAGUUGGCUUGGGGUGCAACCUGAAGUUGUCACAAAACUAGUGAAAGCCACGGGGCAGCUUAUUUUGGAUCACCUCACCCACAGAAGAAGUGUGAGUCUUCUUCCAUCUGCUGAUAUCGUAAGCGGAGCUAGUGUGGAUAAACUGGAUGACAGUACAUGGCUCGUUCAGCUGCUUAGUUUAGUGAUUCAGAUGUUGCAGAACUCUGUUCUGAAACAAUCUGAUAGUGGUUCAAUUCAGACAUCCAUAGACACUUGUCACAGAAAGGAGUCGGAUGAUGUUGAAGAUGUGACUAUCAAUUCUACCGGUGGCUCUCCAGUCUGUCUUAGUUUAACAGAUAAACUAGUGGCUGACAAAGGAAUCUUCCAGUGCUUAUUGGAUUGUCUGAAUCAGUGUACCACAGAUAAUCAAGGGGUGUCGGGUUCGACAUCUCUCUGUCAAGACAAGUUUUGUACCGAUGAGAAGAUCUCAGGCAAACCCAGCUCAGUCGAGGAUGGAGUGUGGCAACUCUUAUGGAUGAUGCAAAAACAAGUUGGUGAUCGAGGGGUUCUGGUUGAGGGAUUUCUGGCCUUCAUGCAGACAUACGAAAAAGACGAAGUCGAGUCAUCUCCGGCAGCAAUGAAGCAUUUGUCUGACCCCUUACUUAGGCUUUUCUGUAAGAUUUUCAACUCCACUCAGGCUGUGAUGCAGUUUUACGAAAAGGGCGGCCUCGACAUUGUGUGUAACGCUAUCAUGGCAGGACGAACAGCAUCCUUGGACGGUUCGUCGCAUGGUCUUCUCUAUGUCAUGCAAGAACUCAACAGCAAACCCAACAGGAGGGAACCGAGAGGGCUCUUAACAUCCCCAGGAGAAGGAGAACUGGCCAAGCGAAUGUUCAACUUUGCACCUUACGCUAGCAUUCACUGUACGUCCUCUUCAAAACAUCCUCCUGACGCGCUGCUAAAAGUCACAGCACAGCAUCGUCGCGUCCGCUCACCAGCGUGGUCUUAUCGUUUUCCCGUCAACGAGGAAUGGUGUGAGUUGGUUGUUAGUCUGCCUUCAGCCAUCUUGUUACAUGAAGUACACAUUCAACCUCAUUCUUCAGGACUCUCAACUAGCCCAUCACAUGUGGCACUGGAUGUGAGUAGUGACUGUCAAGUCCUUGUACCUGUCUGUGGACCUGUCCUUACCACUGGAAUCACCACAAUCAAACUUAGACUUCAGCAGCCUGUUGUUGCACAGUAUGUCCAUAUUCAUUGUCACCGUCCACGUGACUCCCGUGUAGUAGGACUGUCUCAGAUCAAGAUCAUGGGAGCAUCAUUACAUGGAGUUGAAAGUGGAAACGCUCAGGAGCUCCACAAUUUAAAGGGCCAAUCAGCUAGUCUCGGCUGGGUACAGUUACUUGGCCAGUGCCUCUCACAAGGACCUGAUUUUUAUCUGGAGGCAAAUGAACCUUCUACAUUACUCUCGAAUGUGUUUAGCACCUGUAUCGCUCUGCUACUAUCACCACAAAGUGCUGGUCACUCUACUUGUUUAGAACUGGUCCUCAUGAAGUUGUCCAAGCAGUUUCCAGAACUCGGCACCAUGUUAAUGAAACAACUUUUAAAAUGCCCGAGUGAGAAGGGAAGAAAGAGAGGACCGCUGGUAAACGUAGCCACAGUGGAACUUGUAUACCAGUUGGGAAAGAAACAGGACUCUUCAUACGAAGACAGAUUGUCAGUGAUAUCGUCCUGGUUACGGUCCGUCUGUGACUCGUCCACCUCAUUGCACAGGGCACCUGGGCAUAUUCAGUCUGUAGCUGCUGUCAUCUGGAAUGCAAAGGAAACUAACUCGGAGUCAGUAGUGAGACGACACUUUUCGGAAGAGCUCUUCAGAUCUCUCCAUGAGUGUUCUCAAACUUCCUCUAAUGAAGAUUCCCUGAAACGAAGUAUUGAUCACCUCAUUGGUGCUCUAACGUACAUUUGUCCAGCCUAUUAUGAAGUGCUUCUAGAACUGACUGGAGUCAAGGAACUUCUCAACGAACGUAACAAAAAAAGUGGCGAAACUGGUGGUGCGUUGUCAAGACUUCUAGCAGCUCCGUCACGUCUCGCAACACUGGCUACAGCCAGCCAAUCAUAUGUCACUAGUCAACUAUUGUUAAAUUCUGGGUUACUUGAAAUGAUGGCUGGAGGUAUUGUGGACUUCUGUCAAGCAUUUGGGAAUUCCCAAGGUUUGGACAAACAUCCAGCUGUGGGGGAUCCACCACCGAAGACAAACCUGUCUAUCGACCUUCUUCCAAACCUUUUAGACUUUUUAACUUGUUGUUCCCAGGAGCCAACCAUUAAGGACUGGAUGGGUGAAACAGGAUACCAGUUGUGGUUUUUACUUCUUUCACAGCUUUGCAGAGGACGAGAUGUCCAGAGUAACUCACCUUUUGGCUCACCAGGCGUAGUUUCUUCCAUCCCCAGCCACGCCAAGUUUGCAAUGGAAACUUCAACGGUGGAUCUUUUAUGCAACUGUGUUCAUUUUCAUCUCAGAAAUCAAGAAAAGAUGGCGAGUCUCUUGGUUGAAACCAUUGGCGGAAAGAACUCUAUAAAUGGAUCAAGUCUUGACAAGGAAACCAAGGUGAACACACAGGUCAACGGCUUCUUACGACAGUUGAUCUUACAAAUGUUACUUGAAGAAGAGACAGUUCUUAUCUGUGUGCACGUUGAGAAUGAUUUGAAUUUACAAACAAUGCGAGGAUUUGAUUUCUUUCACAAAGAUGGUUGGCAUCCUCGCUUCGGAGCAGGACACUCAUUUCCGUUAUUUUCUGCUAAAUUCUCCACGACUCUUAACGAACUUAGUGAACAGAUUCUUCGUCCUAAAGUAAACAAACCGGUCGAGACAACGUUGGAGGAAAGGUUCCCCAAACCCGCUGCAGUGGAGGGAAUGGCCGAACCUGGCGAGUUUAGCCAGUACGAAGGGUUUGAAUUUCUUGAGUCUGUUAGUCUUGCAGCGGGCCUGAACGUGAAAAGUAAAAGAGCUGAAAAAAGUGAAGUGUCAACAGCAAAGGAAAAUAAUCCAGAUAAUGGACAGAGUCACAAUCAAAGAAAAAGCGUUUCGUGUUCAUUCUAUCACGAUAUACUUGGCAACAUGCGUUUACCACAGUCUUGGACAUUGGCUCAGUUGCUGCAGCAUCUAAUGAACAAAGGACUACCUUGUGGUACGUCUUACCUUGAGGUAACGUGUAAGACUCAGGAUGGAAAGACGGAGGAUAAUUCUACUAAUUCUGUGCCAUUGCUCACCCCGUUGGAUGUGUUUGCCAAACAGGAUGGCUUAGUACACUUAUCAAUGCAUCUCCCGUGCCAUGUUAUAACAUCUUCCUCGGUGGCUCAUGACACCGAAACGGAGGUGGUUGAGGGUGACAGCAGUGAUAAACAGGUGCCCUCCUACCCAACGCAGCUUCCGUUGCCUUUAGUUUCCAUACCUGCAUCAGUGUUAAGUGCUGUUCCAGCACAUACACUUGUAGCGUUUGGUUUAUUCAUUCGCCUUCCUGGUUACAAUAAAGUUCUGCUUGAAGAUCGUCUCAAGGCUUGCUACCUUCUGAGGCUGCUUCUGGGAGCCAAACAGGAUGGGAAUGGAGAACCUAUUUUGUCAUCUCCAGUGGCCAGCAGCCUGUCUACACUACCAUUCCAUGUGUUACGGAUCCUAUUUCAGAGCAGUGAGCUUUCACCACAGGAAGGUGCAGCCGUGCACAGGGCGGCUGUAGAAGUCGGUGCGAUCCAGAUGGUGUUACUUUGUCUUGCUGUACUGAGUCAUCACAAACCGCGAGCUACUAAUCACUCACAUAAGAUGGCUUUACAGGCCUUGUCCGCAUUAACGGGCAGUGUUUGCCGCGACAAUGAUGUUGGAGCCGGUAGUGAGAGAAGCUAUUGGGCCAAAGGGACAGGAUUUGGUACAGGAUCCACAUCAUCAGGCUGGGAUGUUGAACAGGCCAUGCUAAAACAGAAGGCUGAAGAGGAGCAUGUCACUUGCCUACUGCAGGUACUUGCAAGUUAUAUCAGGCCCUUUGGGAAACACAACGACUCACACUCAGCGCCAUUUUCAGAGUGUUUAAGUGCAGACGGUUCGUAUCCAUUCGUUGUCGUUCUGCUGGAGCUGUUUGAAGAGUCGUGUCUAAUUCCCGCUCUUUCAUCGUACCUAAGGAAUGACUCUGUUCUUGAUAUGGCACGCCAUGUUCCUCUGUACCAGGCUGUUUUAGAAGUGCUCCGUUCGCUUGCGUUGUGCCCAGUCCUCUUACCUUUGUUACUCCCUCAUGCCAAUGGUAUUUCUGUUGAGAGAGCCUCUAACGAGGCACCGUCUAUAGUUAGCCUGCUGGAGAAGAUGAAGCAAUGCGUGGAGACUUACUCGAGAACUUUGCGGUCGACGCAAGGAAAAAGAGAAGAUUCAUCUGCAACAAACACCUCUGGCGCAGAACCAAAUGCCUCAAAAGGACCGAGUACCACAGUCGAACAAAGUACUAAAGGGGAAUCCAGCAGCUUUGCAGCACCAAGCAGUGUAGGAAGCCUAUUGUUCUCAUCCGGACCAAGUACUUCUGCGGGACCUAGUACCGCAGCACUACCAAGUUCAUCCAAACAAGGUGGAAGCGACGAAAAGAAGGACCAGGAGGCUGAAGGACUCGCCUUGUUGAUACCUGACAUCCAGGAAACUGCAAAGUUGAUGCAGAGGGUAGUGCACGAAUUUCACCAGCAACAAGCUUCUUCUAACAAGGAAGGGGAUGGAGGCGGAAAGGGGCCGGAGGAACAGGCGGAGUCCCUUUCUCCUGAGGAGAGGUACUUGGCCAAAAUGAGGUCGCUUCAGUUUGGAACCCACCGGAUCGUGAUUGAGAAAGAUGACGGAAAACUAGAGUUCGAUCCUGGCGGUUACCACUUUGCAUCUUCAGUGCGGUCAACGGCUAAUGCGGGUGGCAGCGGAAGCAUGGUGCGGGCUCGGCGGCUCGCACAGGAAGUGUCGUCUCUGGCUACGUCACUUCCGCUGUCCAGCAGCUCGAGUGUGUUCGUCCGGUGCGAUAAAGAGCGACUGGAUGUUAUGAAGGUUCUCAUUACCGGUCCAGCAGACACUCCGUAUGCCAAUGGCUGUUUCGAGUUCGAUGUAUACUUUCCGCAGAACUACCCGGAAUCGCCGAUGCACGUGAAUUUUGAAACUACUGGGCACCACAGUAUACGCUUCAAUCCGAAUCUUUACAAUGAUGGAAAGGUAUGCCUGAGUAUAUUGAACACGUGGCAUGGUAGACCAGAGGAGAAGUGGAAUCCACAGAAUUCAAGCUUUCUUCAGGUCCUGGUGUCAAUUCAGUCGCUCAUACUGGUCAACGAGCCCUACUUCAACGAGCCUGGUUACGAGAGAUCCAGAGGAACACCCGCUGGACAGCAGAACUCGCGGGAGUAUGAUGCGAAUAUCUGUCAGGCCACUGUACGCUGGGCCAUGUUGGAGCAAUUGAAGAAACCGUCACCUUGCUUUAAACAGGUUAUUGAAGCGCACUUUUAUCUCAAGAAGGAUGAAAUUCUAAAGCAGUGUGAGCUAUGGACAAAAGAAACGGAGAGCCUGCUAUCAGGCCGACCGGUUGGCAGGGCUAUAUCACAUCACGUGCAGUCACUGAAGCAGAAUACUGCGCUGUUGAAACAAGAACUCGACAAACUUCAACCUCCUGCGGAUCAUAAACAAGAGAAUGGUGAUAGCGACGAGGAUAGUGACUGAGCUGCAAAACAGCCAUUUAUGUCAAGCACUGGUGAAUCAUGGCUGGACCAAAGAAGGAUUCAAUUUCAUUUGUUUCCCGCUUGCAACAAAUUGUUUACGAGGUGCUUCCCAGCACCAACUUUCCUCGGGUCCUCUCGGGCCGUCAUGCUCCUUCGCCGAACAAUAAACAUUCUCAUGCGAAAAAUUUUCAGCACGAGAGAGCUUAAGCAUUUUUUAAUGGUGCUGUGUUUUAUUGCAAGAUAAGUUUAACAAUUACAGCUAAACGUGACAAGAUUUUCCUUCAUCAACGGGCUGCAAAACGAAUUUGAAGCGAUAUUGCUAGGAUUCAGACACAGACGCCGAGAAUCGCUUAACUGGAGAAUCGUCCCUAGAAAGGGGUUUUCUGGAGGAAUCUGUGCUUUGUGAAGACAGCUUGACUUGCCCUCAGCUAGAUGAAGUGAACUGCGUAUUCUGAACAAUACGAGCGUCAUGCGCGUUUUUUACAUCCUAUUUAUCUGGUUUGAUAACAGACUAUAAUCGACUUUAUUGAAUUAAGAGGCCAACAAAGUACUUUUGAUUAUUGCACUGUAAAUACUAAAUGAAAAGUCAGAAUACCUUAAAUGAGGAAGAUAUGAAAUGGGGUUACGAUGGACCAAUUGUGUAAUUGAAAAUAGGAAAUGGACUUGAAUGGAUCAAGUCAAAAUUUAUUUAAGAAGUGACGGUAAGUCGAAAUGAGCAGUGCUUUACUAUAUUCGCUACUAACUUGUCCGAGUCGUUUUUCUUUGAAUUUUGAAUUAAUUUGCACUUCUACCGAGAGAUCGGCUACGAAAUUAAAGUUGAUCAUUAUUAUUACCUUUAGAGUUUGGUGGAACUUUGUACAGAGAAGUGAAUUUGGUGUUUCACCUCGAACGUUUUCUUGUUAGUUCUGACAAAAAAAAUGUCCGUAAACUUGUUUACGUAAGGCUUGUUUCAUGUAGUAGUCACUUACAAGUUUUUUGCAACCCCUACCGGGAAGGUUAUCAUUGAUAUUGAACCACUCAGUUCCUGUGAGAUCUUAAGAUCUUGGUUAAACUGUGAAACUUCGUUACAAUACACCGCAAGAUGUUUCCCUGUUGCGGAAAUGCGGAAUUUUUUUAGCACAUGUAAUAAUGGGUUAUAGUCGCUGGCAACAAAUUCUGUGUUUGAAAGCGUGAAGUUGUCAGUUUAUUAAUAGCAGUUUUUUUGUUACUGAAUUUGGGCGUAAUCAGAAUCACAGAAAAAAGUUACUAGGGCAGGAAUGUCUUUUAAAACCACUUUUCUGUUGAAUUGCAGUUUCACACAAAUGAAGUUUACUGUUCUGAGAAAGAUUAUUUUCGAAUUAGUAGUUACCUUUGCGAAUGACAUCAGAGUCAAGAUAUUUUUUAGCUCUAACAAUGAAUUCUAGAAGCUAAGUAAUCAUAAACUGCAUCAAUUGCUGCACGUUAAUAAAUUUUGAAUUCCUGUGCUGA